CCGCAAGGGGCGGCGCAGAAGCGGAACGGGCCGGCCGCGAGCCGCGCAGGAAGCGCCAAGCAUGCCCCGUGACAACAUGGCCUCCCUGAUCCAGCGCAUCGCUCGCCAGGCGUGCCUCACCUUCCGCGGCGGCGCCGGGGGCUCCGAAGCUCCGGCACCGGGCUUCCCCGAGAACCUGAACCAGCUGAAGAGUCUGCUGACCCAGGUGCGCGCCGAGGACCUCAACAUCGCGCCGCGGAAGGCGCUGCCGCAGCCGCUGCCGCGCAACCUCCCGCCGGUCACCUACAUGCACAUCUACGAGACCGACGGCUUCAGCCUGGGCGUCUUCCUGCUCAAGAGCGGCACGUGCAUCCCGCUGCACGACCACCCGGGCAUGCACGGCAUGCUCAAGGUGCUCUACGGCAAGGUACGCAUCAGCUGCAUGGACAAGGUGGACACGGGUGCGGGGCCGCGGGCGCCACCGCCUGAGCAGCAGUUCGAGCCGCCGCUGCAGCCCCGGGAGCGGGAGGCCGUGCGACCAGGAGUGCUGCGCUCCCGAGCCGAGUACACCGAGGCCAGCGGGCCCUGCAUGCUCACGCCACACCGGGACAACCUGCACCAGAUUGAUGCGGUGGACGGGCCAGCCGCCUUCCUGGACAUCCUGGCUCCACCCUACGACCCGGACGACGGCCGGGACUGCCACUAUUACCGUGUACUGGAGCCCAUCAGACCCAAGGAGGCCUCCAGCUCUGCCUGCGACCUUCCCCGAGAAGUGUGGCUUCUGGAGACCCCACAGGCCGAUGACUUCUGGUGCGAGGGAGAACCUUACCCAGGCCCCAAGGUUCUGCCUUGAAGCACCCGCUACCUGGGAACGGUGGGCCAAAGUUGUGCCCUGCCUGGCUCGAGAAAGGCCUGGCUGCCCACGACUUACCAUAAGGGCUCCUCUCUCUGUCCCCGACCCUGAGCGAUGGAUCUACUGGACUGACCAGCGCCUCAUCUUGGACAACCUUGGGGAGUACGGCCCACUGGAGUACAGCCACCGGGCACGGUUAUGAGGGCGGGUGGGCGGGAGGCAAGGUCGCUUGCUGGUACUGUCAUUGCCACCAAGGCUUUGAUUUAAGGGAGUGGGGCAGGGGACCCUAAAGCGCUUCCAUCCUAAAGCCAUAAUGAAAAUAUUCUUGUUUCUCAAGCUCUACAAAAUACACUAAACAUUUUGAACCCCUCCUCCCUUCGGUGACUAAGAUUUGUUUUCUCUUCUUCCCAAAGGACCUUUUGCUCCUUAAUAAUUUAUUGCUGACCGUGCAUGACCUUGAAUUGUUUUUUAGUUAAAGCCAUUGGUUCGGUUUUAACAAAACAAAAACAAGCAAAAAUACAAAACCGAGUUUCUAAAGUGAGUAGAUCUGAAAAGACAUCUUUCCAGCACUGCGGUUCACUCUCUUGGAGGAAGAGUUCUGUCCUCCCCUGGCCUAGUAGCCACAUUUGGAGUUCUCAGGUAGCCUUUAGUAAGAUUCACAUGUGUGGAUUCCCUGAGGUCACCUUCCCCUUGAGUCUCCAGAUCUGUCAUUAAAACAGUUCUGUUGUUAGGGAUUCACCUUUAAAGCAAAGACUGUAUUAUCCUCAAGUGACUUUUUUUCUUGGUGUUCUUCAAAGACGAAACAGUAGAGUCAGGAGCAAAGUCUGUUCUGCUUCCAAAUAACUGAAUGUAAAACCCAUUGCCACCUGUUGAAAUCCAUACAAUUUACUUCCAGGAUCUUCCUGUAAAAGUGGGGGCAGAUACUCUGACCAUUUUUUGUAUUCUCCCAGGAACCCUGCAGAGGGCUGUAUUCCAGCUGUGUUGCUGCUGGUCAUAUCCUAGCCCUCCCUUAAACAAGAGCCACUCUUGCCUACUGAAGUCCCUUCCUGCAGGAAGAGGUAGAAGGCCUGCAAUACCCUGGGAGUGGCUCUGGAUGUAGGCUGCCUGCCAAGCAGGCAAGAAGCCCUCACCUCAGUCCUCUGCAGUACAUAAUCCAGUAUUGCACACACCUGUAACUCCAGCAAUUAGGAAGGAGAGGCAGGAGGAUCAGAAGUUAAAGGUCAGGCUUGGCCACAUAGUGAAUUUGAGAGGAUCCUUGAAAUACCUGAGACACUAACGUAAGUGUGUAUAUGUUUGUGUGUGUGUGUGUGUGUGUGUGUGUGUGUGUGUAUACAUACAGAGCUAUAUAAUAGGUACAUGGGAUAGACAAUUGAGAAUUUAGCCAUUUUAGGGCACCAAGAGUGGAGAUUAGACCUGUGUGUACCAACUCUUGGAGCAAACACUAGCAGCUGUCUGCAGCAUUAGCACCGGCUGGGUACCUUUACCUUGUUUACAAACGUGUUGGCACCCUAACAUUUGGCCAUGGAGCACCGGUUCUCCCUUCUUACUAUUUAUAGGGUUCCUUUUUAUCACAGGCCUUUUCAUAAAGACAAACUGUAGGAAAAAAAAAAAACUUGUCCAUCUGUCUUGAUUGCUCAUGUGGCAAUAGAAUUCUAAUAUCUGUAAUAAAUGGAGACUUACUAUCAAGGGUAGCUAAUGUUCGUUGACCUGGUAGGGAAGCUGUUUUUGACUCCGUGUAUCUAGGUUACACAGACCCAGGCUUAUGGGGUGCUUGUUCCCAGUCAUUAAAGUGGUCCGAAAAAGCAAAUAAUUGAUGGUGUGGCUUGUGGGGGUUUUUUGUUUUUUAAUAAAAAUGAAAGCAACAGGCCAGAGAAAACCUGUUGGAACUCUGACAUAGAUCCAGCACCAAGCACUUCCACAAGGCUGCUGGAGUUCAAGUUGCUUCCCAUCGUAAUGCUUAAAAUGGCUUUGGAUCCCUGUGAAGCAGCUCUUUGAGGCACUCAUUUGAAAAUCUAGAUAGCAAGUGAUGGUUUUAAACUUGACAGUAUUUUUUUUUCAUAGACCAGCAGUGAGUGUAGUUUUUGGCCACAUACAGUUUUUGAAUUGUAGCAAAAGUUGAUUCUUUUACAAAAAUCAUUGAAAGUCAUGUAUUUGUUACAGCAUACUUGGAGGUACUUUAUCCUGUAGAAACCUAGCCUGGAACUAGGCUAAUAAUAAAAAGUAUUAUGAAGGCCUUUAUUGCAAAAACGGAGGGGGGGUGUUCAAGGUUUAUUAUAAGCAAUUUGGAAAGAAAAAAACCUAAGGUGCUUUUCAAAAGAAUAACUGAAAUUGUUGUGGGCUAAAACAGCAAUACUGUGUUCCUCAUUCGUUCAAUAAGAACAGUGAAACUGUCGUUUCCCUAACACAUUGAGUAAACUUCGGUGAAAACAGUGUAACGUGUUUUCAUGAGCCACCAUGGGAAGAAUCUGCACAUUCCUAAGAUGGCAUGUGCACUUCUAUGCAUAAACUCUUAGCUGUGACUGCUGCCAUUGUGUUUUCAUAGAGGUCUACACCAGAGAUGGUGGUCUACACCCGGGGAUAGAAGUUACCUUCUUCCCUUCGGGAACACCAGUGAGCACAGUGGUGUUAGCCAGUUAACUUUUCUAAUGAAUAAUAAACGCAAUAACUGCAGCUCAUGGAUGAGAAACUGUCUGUCUGUCUAAAUACUCUGAAACUUUUAAAUAUCGUAGUUAUAUCAGUGAUCAGUUAUAUUGACUGAUGUAAGAUUGUACCUUCCUACUCUUGAGAACUGAUGGGUUUAAUACCAAAUGCUGCUGAUUAAAUGGAAAAGCCUGCCUUU